AAACAAGAUUUAGCCCAAAUUGAGAGGUUUCUCGAGCAUAACGGCUUCGACGGGCGGACUGUGCCAUAGGAUGGCUUGCCUGCAGCCGCCGGCCUCGACAUCGACGUCCCUGGGCGAACAGUACGCCGUGCAGUUCAGUCAAUGGACUUUCGGAUGUGUAUCGCAUGUUCCAAGCGAUAUACUUCGCCGAGAUUGAAGGAGAGGCGAGUAGAGUACAGCCGAGUUAUGCUGGAGAAAUACUCGGAUGCAAAAGACUGGAGGCACAUCAGAUUCUCCGACGAAUGCCACUUUGGCUGCGGUCCUCAGGGUCGAGUCCACGUUAUACGACGACCGUGGGAGCGUCAUUGCCCAGACUGCAUCCUCGAGAAAGAGAUGCCGGCCGAGAAGGAUCAGAAGCGACUACAUUGCUGGGCGGCAGUUGGAUACGACUUCAAGUCACAGCUUGUGUGGUAUGGUGUACCUGGCAACUCCAACGGCAAGAUGACCAUGCAGGUCUAUAGAGACCACAUCCUCCAGCCUGUGGUUGGUGGUUGGCUUCGCGAAGGCCUGUCGUUUGUUCUCGAGGAGGAUAAUGACUCUGGCCACGGUACAAGCAAGAGCAAUAUCGUACGCGCUUGGAAGGAACAGAACGGUUUGGAGUCUUUCUUCAACUGCGCUCAAUCCCCUAAUUUUUCUCCCAUUGAAAAGGCAUGGCAGGGGCCGAAGCAGUAUGUAAAGAAGAGGCCUUGCUGGGACGAUGAAAUCGUGAAGGAGCUAGCCGAAGAGGGCCGGGCAGCAGUUAAGCAAGAGACUAUCAAUGUCUGGGUUGACAACAUCCCUCAGAUUUUCAAGGAUUGCUUGGAAUUGGAAGGCGCUAUGACUGGGAAUUAGUUUGCAAUUGAGAUCAUUCAGUUCGGCCACGAUUUGCUGAUGUUU